AUGCCCGUUCCACCCGCUCUCACUUUUACUCACCAUCUCACCAUCUCCACCAUCGCCCCCAACAGCAUCACGAAAGACAGAGUCGCAAAAACGGAAGAAAGCUCAAACGAAAAAGAAGGACAAAAACCAUGUAUCCAUUUCUCCGCCUCGCCCCCGCUCUACGGCAAGGGCAUUGAAUCCUCAUCCAUACAUCCAUCCAUGCAUGCAAAUAAAGCAAAGCAAAGCAAAGCAAAGCAAAGCAAAGCAAAGCAAAGCAAAGCAAAGCAAAGCAAAGCAAAGCAAAGCAAAGCAAACAAGCAACCCACGCACGCAGCGCAACGCAACGCAACGCAAGCCGCCACCCACCUAGCCAGUCAAUCAGUCAAUCAGUCAAUCAGUCAAUCGCCCAACCCAAACUCCCGCCUCCCCGGCCUCAAGCCUCAAACCUCAAGCCCCCCACCACACGCGCCAAUGCUAUGA